AGUAACCCUUCGCGUGCCUGCUAUGUAAAUUCCAAGUGAACUUUAUGAACUUCGGGGAACAUCCAGUCAGAGUUUGGUGGUCGGUUGAAAAGUGAAGUUGGGUCUCGAGUAGUGUUUAUCGAGUUCUUGUUUGAUACCAACCGAACUUUUCACGCUUUUCGUUGGAACCAUGAACAACCACUAAUGAGACAACAGCAGACAUUAUGGGAGUCAGCAAGUCGUCCGUUGUUUAUUAAAUCAGUUUGGGUGGAAUCGUCAGAUGGAGGUUAUAGGCAUUUUAUCCUGGACUACGACAAUCAGAAAAAAAUUAACGAGGAUGCAAAUAAAGUAAGAAAAGGACUACGACCCACGGCAUCCUACGAUUUACCUGAAAAUCAGAGUUUCAGUCUACAACUAAUCGGUUCAUCCAAAAACUGUAAACCGAUCGAAUCAUCAAAGUCGUUUUAUCGCAGAAGAUCUCAGACGGUUUCUCCAGCAAAUAAAUCAUUUCUAGACUUGCUUAAAAGGAAAGGAUCUGCAGUGAAAGACGAUCACACUCCAUCGAAACGGAGCUCCCUUCAAGACAUCAGCCAUCAUGAAGCAAUAAACUGUGACGAAAAGCUCGCUGAACGCGUUCUAAAUUGGCUUGAUCUAGCUGGGAAAACUACCAUCAUAAAACCGAAUCUUCCACCAACAAAUCCUCCAGCUCCGCCGAAACGACCUUCAGCCUCCCAAAGAAGUAAAUCAUCAACCCGACCAGCAACUGCAGUCACGAAGCGUCCCGACUCCGUUAAACACAUUACGAUCAUUUUCAACAAAGAGGGAAUUCCCGUUCGUUACAAUCGUCCCGUCCGUUUUAGUGACUUGUUCCGGAGUGGUUAUAGUGCAUCAAGGAAGUUCAUCAGUAACAUGUCCAGUAGGAAUGGAAAAAUGACGGCAGGAACUGGCGCAAGAAAAAUCCAGGUGCCAGGAUCAGCAGCAUUUGAUCGAGCCAAUCUGGAACUGGAGAAGCCAAAGAAUCAAGAGAGUGCCAGCAAUAAGCAGACCAGCUACGAAAAUGACUAUCGGUCACUGAUAAAUAGACAAAUCCUGGAGAAUUCUUGCAACUACCAUGAGGCGAGGAAGCAACUUCAUAUAUUCAUGCCAAGUUUACCGAAGAAGACAGUGACCGCGACUGAUUGCGAGAGCAGCUGCCUUAGUGCGGGGUUUAGUGAUUACUGCAAAAUUGCGAAUUAAAGUGAUGAUUUAGGAAAGCAUGCUUCAAAAUAGUUUCGUUUUUUGUUUUGUUUGAAAAGCAGAGUUUAUGUCUACUAACAUAUAUGAAAUUUUAUUAAUUCCAAAUAUUUUUGUGUUGGUUUAGUCAUAAAUAU